CGUAAGGUCAUUUUUGCCUCAGCGUUUGCAGUUUUUCUCGUUAUAAUGAGUGAGCAGACAACGACCUCGACGAACAAAGCUGCAAAAAAUCUACGGGACCACAGUGCUGAGGAGAAAGCUGUUAAACCUCCUGACACGGACGACCAGAAGUGGAUCCAGAGACAUGGCCAUAAAGGGAUUCUCACAAACGACCCAGAGUCUAAAAUGGACACUAUCACUACAUCAAAAGCGACUUAUGUCGCACCAAAGAGUCCAGGAGUGAGGCUACAAGGCAUCAGAGCAGAGCUUUUGAAGAUGCACAUUGCACAGACAGUAAGUGAAAAGGUUCGUGAUGAACUGACCCUGCCGACACCCAAAACGGACUACCGCACAACCCAAAGGGAUUACUGUGUGGAAGGGUUUGUGCCCAGCAGACCGCAACCAACCAAAGUCCAUGAUUACAAAACUGACCAGGCCAUUACAUUUUGGAGUGAAAAUCACCAGCGGAUUCAGGGAAUGACAGCUUCCCCGGUCUUAAAAGCACCCUUCAGGAAGUCAGCCCUGUUCAGCACACCCAUCGGUGAACGACUGGAUGAACCUGAUCUCCCACCGGACAACUAG